AUGAUUGGGGGCAAAUCUUCCGAGCUGAAGAAUCUGGAUAAGGGGUCUGAAGAGCGCCUGUUAGUGGAAGAAGAGGGUUUACCAUGGAUUCAAAACCAAAGUUUCAGUCCUUGCGGCCAAUUUGCAAUGAUUUUCUUUCGCUUCCUUGCUAUAUGCGUCUUUUUCAUGAGUGGUGCUUUGGUUGGGUUCUUCUGCCGUGGUGAUCUAGACAGUCUAUGUGCUUACCAUGUUUCUCAGUACUCGCCUGUAUUAAAAGAACCUGGAGUUGAGUAUAUCACUCAGAAGUUCAAUGGUUCCCUACUUAAAGAGAAUAUCUUUCGGCAAGAUGCAAGCCCUGAAGUCGACGCUGCUUGGGAGUCUCUUGGAGUGAAUUACCGGGCCAUUCGAGUAGCACCUGAAGAUGCUCAGGACUCGGGUAUAGCAUCAGAUCAGGUCAAGAUUAACCCAAAAUAUGGGGGAGGGUUUCCAGCCAAUGUUGAGGGUCUUCAUCAUUUGCAUUGCUUGGAUCUUCUCCGACAGUCUUUAUACUACAACUAUGAGUAUUACCAUUCCAAAGGCGAGGGAGCCUUCAGCAAUGGUGAUUACAUUGUUCGACACCAUGUUUGUAGGCGUACAGCACACUGCCUCGAUAUUCUUCGACAGCAGCUCAUGUGUACGAUCGAUACUGGUGUUUUUGGUCAAGUGUGGAUCUACCCUGAGAACCCAGAGCCAUAUGUUGACUUUAACACCCAGCAUCGAUGUAAGAACUUUGAAAAAGUUCGCCGUUGGGCUGAGAUGAAUCAACUGCCUACUAAUCUACCAAACGAUUUUCUGAUACCUCCUACACAACACGAUACGAUAUAUGAUGAAAUGCCAUGA